AUGGCUCCCAAAUCCCUUUUUCUCACCCUUCUCUCCACUCUGACUCUGGGCUUGGCAGCCUCUAUCCCGCAGACGGAUUAUGAGGUGAUUGUCAUCGGUGGAGGGCCUGCUGGUCUGAGCGCCAUCAGCAGUCUGUCCCGAGUACGCCGUCGCACCAUUCUGUUUGACUCGGGAGAGUACCGCAACGCCCCAACCCGAGAAAUGCACGAUGUCAUUGGAAACGACGGCACGCCUCCCGCCGAGUUCCGCGGUCUUGCCCGCGAACAGAUCCUCAAAUAUGACACGGCGACCAUUGUCAACACAACCAUCACCACCGUUGCACCGGUGAGUGAUGCAGCGACUAACACCUCAUACUUCCGAGCCCAGGAUAUCGACGGUAAAGAAUACACGGCGCGGAAAGUCGUCCUCGGCACCGGGCUCGUCGAUGUUCUCCCCGAUGUCCCGGGCCUGCAAGAAGCCUGGGGUAAGGGCAUCUACUGGUGUCCCUGGUGUGACGGCUAUGAGCACCGCGACCAGCCUCUUGGCAUCCUCGGUGGUUUGCCCGACGUUGUAGGCAGCGUGCUCGAGACUCACACUCUCAAUACCGACGUGAUCGCCCUCGUCAACGGCACCGAUACCCCAUCCGGCGAGGCUGCACUGGCCGCCAAGUACCCCGAUUGGCGCGCGCAGCUCGCCGCCUGGAAUGUCCAGGUCGAUAACCGGAGUAUCGCAUCGAUCGAGCGCUUGCAGGACGGCGAAGAGGUCCGCGGUGAUGACGGAAGUAUGGAGGAUGUGUUCAAGGUGUGGUUUACCGACGGGGACAGUGUGGUGCGCAACGCGUUGAUCACCAAUUAUCCCACGGCGCAGCGGAGUGAGAUCCCCGACCAAUUGGGACUGAAGAUGGACGAUGGGAAGAUCGAUACGGCGGACUACACGGGUAUGAGGACGAGCCUGCCAGGCGUCUUUGCUGUCGGAGACUGCAACAACGAUGGGAGCACGAAUGUCCCUCAUGCGAUGUUCUCGGGAAAGAGGGCGGGCGUCUAUCUCCAUGUUGAAAUGGCCCGUGAGGAAUCCGCUGCGGCUAUUGGGAAGCGCGGUGGCCCUGUCAUGUCCAGACGGGAGAUGGAGAAAGAGACUGCGCGUAUGGUGGGAGAUGAGAUGGAGAAGCUGUGGAAGCGGGUGCUUGAUUCU